CGAGCGGCGCGGCGGAUGGAGAGUCUGGCCGCGGCCGGCGGCGCCGCCUCCUCGUCGGGCCGGGCACGGCGGGCCGGGGCCUUUGUGUGAGGCGGCGGCGGCGAUGGUGCUCGGGCCCCGCGGAGCCGGGUUAACCGUGCUGACAAGGAGGCAACUUCAGAGGCGCUGCUAAGAUGGGCAUGAGGAUCAAACUGCAGAGCACCAACCACCCCAACAACCUGCUGAAGGAGCUCAACAAGUGCCGGCUCUCGGAGACCAUGUGCGAUGUCACCAUCGUGGUGGGGAGCCGCUCCUUCCCGGCCCACAAAGCCGUGCUGGCCUGUGCAGCUGGCUACUUCCAGAACCUCUUCCUGAACACUGGGCUUGAUGCCGCCAGGACUUACGUGGUGGACUUCAUCACCCCCGCCAACUUUGAGAAGAUUCUGAGCUUCGUCUACACAUCAGAGCUCUUCACGGACCUGAUCAACGUUGGGGUCAUUUACGAGGUAGCUCAGCGCCUGGGAAUGGAGGAUCUCCUCCGGGCCUGUCACUCCACCUUUCCGGACCUGGAGAGCACAGCUGUGGCCAAGCCCCUGACCAGCACCAGUGAGAGCCACUCCAGUACCCUGAGUUGUAGCUCAGCAGAACCCGCCCAUCCUCUUGGAGAACUCCGGGGUGGCGGGGAGCACUUUGGUCCUGAUAGAAACUAUGUGUUACCUAGUGAUGCUGGAGGAAGCUAUAAGGAGGAAGAGAGAAAUGUCACCAGUGACAGUAACCACAGCCUGCCUCUGCCGCAGCAGCCACUGCCGCCAAAGACGGAAGACCACGAGGCCCCAGCUCCAUUCCCGCCCGUUCCCAGCAUGGCCACCCCGCCAGUCCUCGGCACAGUCAGCCUGGGCAUCCAAACCAGCACAAGCUCCUGCCAGCCAUACAAAGUCCAGAGCAACGGAGACUUCAGUAAAAGCAGCUUCUUCAUGCCUGACAACGCAAUAGACGUUACCACUGGGACCAACUCCUGUCUGAGCAACAGCGACCACUCCAAAGACCCAAGCUUUGGGCAGAUGGAUGAGCUUCAGCUGGAGGACCUGGCGGAUGACGACUUGCAGUUUGAAGACCCUGCUGAGGAGAUAGGCACAGCUGAGGAGGUGAUUGAAUUGAGUGACGACAGUGAGGACGAGCUGACUUUUGGAGAGAGUGACAACCGAGAGAAUAAGGCCAUGCCCUGCCAGGUAUGCAAGAAAGUUCUAGAGCCCAACAUUCAACUGAUCCGACAGCAUGCUCGGGACCACGUGGACCUGCUGACCGGCAACUGCAAGGUCUGUGAGACCCACUUCCAGGACCGAAACUCCCGGGUGACCCAUGUUCUGUCCCACAUUGGUAUUUUCCUCUUCUCCUGCGACAUGUGUGAAACUAAGUUCUUUACCCAGUGGCAGCUGACCCUCCACCGACGGGAUGGAAUAUUUGAGAACAACAUCAUUGUCCACCCCAACGACCCCCUGCCUGGGAAGCUGGGUCUCUUUUCAGGGGCAGCCUCCGCAGAACUGAAAUGCGCUGCCUGCGGGAAGGCAUUGGCCAAAGAUUUCCACGUGGUCCGGGGCCACGUCCUUGACCACCUGAACCUGAAGGGCCAGGCCUGCAGCGUCUGUGAGCAGCGCCACCUCAACCUCUGCAGCCUCAUGUGGCACACGCUCUCCCACCUGGGCAUCUCGGUCUUCUCCUGCUCUGUCUGUGCGAGCAGCUUUGUGGACGGGCAUCUCCUGGAGAAGCACAUGGCUGUGCACCAAAGUCUGGAAGACGCCCUCUUCCGCUGCCACUUGUGCAGCCAGAGCUUCAAGUCGGAGGCUGCCUACCGCUAUCACGUCAGCCAGCACAAAUGCAGCAGUGGCCUUGACGCACGGCCUGGUUUUGGGCUACAGCACCCAGCUCUUCAGAAGCGGAAGCUGCCGGCAGAGGAGUUCCUCAGUGAGGAGCUGGCACUGCAGGGCCAACCCGGGAAUAGCAAGUAUAGCUGCAAGGUGUGUGGCAAAAGGUUUGCCCACACGAGUGAGUUCAACUACCACCGGCGCAUCCACACGGGCGAGAAGCCGUACCAGUGUAAGGUGUGCCACAAGUUCUUCCGAGGCCGCUCGACCAUCAAGUGCCACCUGAAGACGCACUCGGGGGCCCUCAUGUAUCGCUGCACCGUCUGUGGCCACUACAGCUCCACCCUUAACCUCAUGAGCAAGCACGUCGGCGUGCACAAAGGCAGCCUCCCGCCCGACUUCACCAUUGAGCAGACCUUCAUGUACAUCAUCCAUUCCAAAGAGGCCGAAAAGAACCCGGACAGCUGACUGGGUCCCAGCGGAGCCAGGGGGGGCUCCCAGGCAGCAGCCAGGACGUUGGUUUUCUAAUGGCUGUUGGUCCCUCCCCAGCCGAAGCUACAGUUUUGCCUUGCUAGGAAUUCUGUUCUGUCCUGGGUUUAAAGAAGAAAAAAGAAGAAAUAGCACAUGAACACUGUUAACUGUUUCUGAGAAGCAACGGCCCUAUCACGUUUACCUCCUUACCUGCUCUUGCCCAUGGAGGGCUGUGUUUUUGGUUCUUUUGAGGCUGGUUUUGGGAUCUUGUCAGGCAGUUGGUGCCAACUAGAUCCCCUUCCCCAGCCUCUCGAGUUUUAGUUUACUGAUAGGUUUUAUGCUGCUAAGAAUCCAACCAACAGCCUCACUGAACAGAGGAGGUGGAGAGAGGUUUUCACUGUGGGUGUUACUGCCAGACCUCCAACUGGGACAACCAGCUUUUGAGAGAGAUUUUGGGAAUGUGGUCAUUCAGAAAAGACUAGUCAGCAGGGCAGCUCACCUCAGGGGCCAGUCCCAGCCCUCAGCAGGGGACAGGUACCAGGGAUGGGGGCCAUGCUUGUUCCAUGGCUCUAAUCUGCUGAUUGGACAGUGAAAUCUCUUGGCAGCUAGAUCCAGACUGGGGACAGAGCUUUCUGUUUCGGUCAGAAAGCUUUGGGAUGAAUCCUUGCCAGCCAGAAGUGUCCUGCAGUGCCGCUGGAAGUGGCAGCCUGGAUGGGCAGGAAGGAGGUUUCUCUUUUCUCCUCAAUUCCAAAGAAACACGAUUUUAUGGCGUGAUGGCCCAGGACAUCAGGCCUUCCCUGUGGGCAGAAAGGACAGGGCGUCACUUUGAUGUAGUCUCUGUCACCUGGCCACCGCCACGGACCUUGAGUUUCCUGGUGGGGAGGUGGGGACGUCUCUGAAGCAGCAGCCUUGCCUUAAUUGAGAUCCAGUCUCCCACCUAGAAGUGUGUUUGGCCUGUAGUGUCGAUGAGAAGACCCCAUGAGGUGGAGUGGUGGACUGUGAGCCCUUCAGGAUUAAAGGGACCCGAGUAACUGGUGGUUUGUAGCGGGAUGUGCGUCUGUCUGUCCCAGUCAGGUAACCUGUUGUUUACUGUGUGCUAACUGGGCCAGAGCUUUGGCAGCUCAUCUUUGACCUGCUGGAACUUAUCCUGAUCUGUCACAGCUUCGCCACCAGGGGGCGCUCUUGGCCGGCAGCCGGCUCAGGCCCUCCCUGGGGGCCCGCCCAGUCCUGGGGUGCUGGUUGGCUCCGUUCUCAGUUGCCUUUUGAGGGGGUCUUGCCCAAAGAAGGCUUGAGGGAGAGGGCCCUCGGGUCUCGCAUCUCCCAAGGUGGCGCCUCAGUAACCCCUACUACCUCACCUGCGCAGGCGAGCGCUGGCAGCCCCUGGCCGCGGCCCUGACCCUGCCCUUGUGGCACUCGGCAGCGCCCCGGGCUGUUUGACAAGCAAGUGGUUUGAAUUAACUCACAGAGCCUUUCUGGACAUUAAUAUUUAUUUAUUUUUGUGUUUCGUGUACAUAUUACCCAGCAUCUCUUUUGGAUAAGAGACUUCAGGAAAAUGAGCUUCUCCCCAGCAAGUAGCCAUAUCCCAGGGGACAAGCCUGGCCAGAUAUUUGGGAAACGGGCUAGAACUAAUGGAGCAUGGGUGAAGGCUUUAAACAAGCAAAUGCUUUUCUUUCUCUCUAGAGAGUCUCUUGCAGAAUAAACCCAGGGAACCCUUUAGGUAAUGGAUGUAAAUUCUAGAAAGUUGACGCUUGUUAAAUCCCCAGGCCUUUCAUCCCCUUUCCAUCCUUUGGUUGAGUAGGUUGGGGACUGGGUUGAGGGGGUGAAGUCAUACGAAGGACUUUUUUGCUUAUUUUCUCAUCCUUCCUAAAGUUGGGAAGCUAUAAUAAGACAUACAUACCAAAGCUCCGUCCCUGUUGGACCCGCUGCCUCUCUCCCCAGCCCUAAAUUGAGAAAGCCUCCGAGUUUGUGUGCAUGGCUAUCUGGUGGGCUGACCAUUACAUGAAGGGACUUGUCAAGUGGCCACCUUUCACCAUCUGAAUCCAACUAGUUACCUGUUCCCUCGGGACAUUCUUGUCAGAGAGCAGAGCUGAGACUUUUCAUCCCUGACUGACUGCUCGCUUUCUUCCCACGCUGACCAUUAGACGUUUAAGAAGGAGAGUGUGUAAAAGACGACAGUCAGCUAUCUGCUAAGCUUUUCAGGCCUGAGUGGUUUCUCCCAGAUUGUUGGUAAGGACUGAGUUUUGAACAGCCAGGUUUGAGAGGGGGGCUGCUCACUGGAGCCCAGGCCGGUAGCUGAGAACGGAUCAGUGUGCUGGAGAAACCCUUUUCCUUAACGGAGGGUGUCAUGGAUGCUGGGUAGUCUGUAUACUUAACCUGAAACUGUGAAGUUUGCCCCUUUUGCCAGUAAACCAAAAAGCAAAUCCUUGAAACUUUGCCCCUAGAACGCUAAACAAAAAACUACACCCCCGAUCCUCCUGUGGCAAAGUGGUCCGACAGGGUGGCUCGGCUGGCUGCAGUCGGACGUGUAGCAGGCUCAGUGCUCAUGAGGCUGGUGGACCAAACCCUGUUCCCCCGCGUGUCCUCCGUAUUCGCAGCUCAACCCUUCCUCUGUUUGGAGUCAUGUUUGCUGUCUCUGCCACCAGCUCACCUUUUCUGCACUGUUUUACUUGAAACACUAUAUUGUGGCAAAGGGAGCUCUAGGAUACUUGGUGGAAGGUAUUAAUUUUAUUUUGAACUUAAACUUUUUUCAACUGUCUGUUCGUUGCAUUUUGUUGCCGUCUGCGCCCUGGAGCCCAGUUUAGCACUAUUCCCUGCUGUAUUGUUCCAAGGUUCUGUUUGACCCUUGGAUGUCUUUUCUUCUCCCUUCCCCCCUUUUUCUUGUUCUGUACUCAGGACCAGCUACAUAAUUUACAGAGCCCUUCGUUUAAAAAUGAUUAAGAAUUUCAAGAUGGCGACUAGAGCAUUAAAGCAAACAUGAGGCCGUUCCCAACUUUUUUCCUAAGGGAAAACAGUGAUACUCUAAUAGCACACUGUGAACAGCUGCUGUGGCCAGAGGAAGGGAUCAGUAUCCUGGCACUCCUCUGACCCACCCGCAGCUCAUGGGUGCCACAGCACCUGCUGGGGAGCUCUGCUGUACCCUGGUAUUUGGUCCUAAGUUUUAAGACUCCAUGGAGUCUCUCUAGUUCAUGGCUAGUUGGGAAGAAAGGAGGUGGGGGGGGGGGUCAGGAAAUGGAUAAAAAUUCUUUUUUGACUUUCUUCUGAUCUAUCAGUAGCCUUUUGUCUCUAGGACAACCUUUGUGCUUAAAUCCUUCUCCCCAGUCAGGUUUUGCUGCUGGUGAAUUUUCUUCCUCUUCUGGCCACCUGCUGUGCCCUAUUCCCCAGACUACUCAACUUUGGAAGUGAAUUUAAAUUCUUUCAUAGAUGGGCAUGAUUUUGGUGGCAUGGAAGUGGGCUGUGUGACGAAAUCUGCCCAUCUGAGAGUCCUCACGUGUCCUCUUUCCUAAAUCCUGCACUGAAUGAAUCAGGAAGCAGGGCACACAGCGUUCAUUUUAAUGUGAUUACUCAUGGUAAACUUAACAUCAGAAUGAAAAUGAAACUUUUACUUUGGAUGUUUCAACAGCCUUCCCCUGUCCAGUGCACCCUGCCCUCCCACCUCUACUAGCUAAAUCUCUUACGAAACCAAGAAGAGUUGUUGACGUCUAACUCCUUCCAUUAAAUUAAUAAGUACUGACCUCCUAAUAUUUAAGUGUUUACUAUCUAUUGCUGUAAAGUUUUGUAUAUUUUGUAAACUUUUUUUCCCAAAUAGUAGAUGUCUAAAAUCGUUGUACAUCUGAUUCUUUUAUAUUCCAUUGUUCGGCACAAA